AUGUCAUGUUCAAAAAUACUUUCAGGAGAUUUACCUGAAUUAACCUAUGAAAUUAUAAAAUAUUUUCGAAAUGAUUACUCAACUUUAUAUUCAUGUAUUUUAGUUAAUAGAUCAUGGUGUCGUUUAGCGAUUCCAUUAUUAUGGGAAAACCCAUUUUCAAUUCAUAUCAAAAAUUAUAAUUUUAUUAAAAUUUACAUUCAUAAUUUAAAUGAUGAUUUUAAGAUAAAAUUAAAUGAAUGUAAAAUUAUUAAUAAUAAUUCAUUACAUUCGAAUACACUGUUCAAUUAUCCUAGUUUUUUAAAAUAUUUGAAUAUAAACAAUUUUGUUCACUCUGUUGACAAAUGUUAUGGAAAUCAAUUAUAUUCAGAAUCUAUAAAAUUUAAAAAAUUGAUUUGUAUGUCACUGUUCGGGAAAUUUAUUGAAAAUGAAGUAAAUUUACAUACUCUUGAAAUUGAUUAUUACACAACAGCUAUUGUUAAUGAUAUUAUUAAUGAUAUUGUUAAUGAUAUUGUUGAAUUUAUUUUAAAAAAUCCAAACUUCAUUCUCAAUAUUAGAAAUUUAAAACUUUAUAUUACCAUUGAUUACACGAAAAAAUAUUUUUCAAUUAUUGAAGAUCGUGUAUUACAAAUAGUUAAUUUGCAUCAAAAUCUUAAAAAAAUUUUAGUAUAUAAUAAUUCAUCUUUAUUACAAUCAUUAUUAUAUUAUAAUUGUUCAAAUACCUUAAAUACAAUUAUAUUCUCUGAAAUCGAUUUUAAUUUUUUAAACUAUGACAUAUUUGAACAAUUAAAUGUUUUAGAAUCUAUUCAUAUCAUUUAUUGUUUUUUGAAUAAUAAUUUUUUUUAUCAAAUUAUUAAUUUAUCUAAACAAUUUAAAUUAAAAUCUUUGUUUAUGAAAGAGAUACCACAAAUUGAUUCAAUAGAAUUAUUAUUACAAAGAUCUGGUCAUUAUUUAAGAAAUUUCGGGUAUGAAUUUGGAUUUGGCUAUGAUAAUAUGUCAUUAAGAGAUCAAUUAUUUGAAUUAAUUACAAAAUAUUGUAAAAAUAUUAAAUAUCUUUAUUUAUGCCAUGAUGAUGACGAGAAUAUUUAUCCAGUAAUCAAUUUUAUUGAAAAUAUGAAACAUCUUGAUUAUCUUACUAUCAAAUUAUUAAGUUUAGCUAGUUUAGCUAUUCAUUUUAAUAGUGAAUUUGAUCAUUUGAAUGUUAAAAUUUUAUUACAAAAUUUAGGACAAUUUCUUCCCCCUAAAUUAGAAUAUUUAUGUUUAAAUAUUAGUCAUGUUAAAGUAAAUGAUUUCGAAGUAUUUCUAAAAAAUUCUCAAGAUACUUUUAUUAAUAAAUUAUUAAUUCGCAAUUAUGACGGCCAAGAUAUCUUACCCUGUAUAAAAGAAUUUGUCAUGAAAAAGAAAAGGGUUAAGUAUCUAUCUAUUCAAGAUUUUUUCUCGUUUGAUGGGCAUAUUGAAUACUUACAAGAUAAAGUGAAGGAAUUUAGGUCGUAUAAUAUUAAAGUACAAAGUUACAAUAGUUUAGUGAUUGACAUAUAUGAUUAUAUGAGGGAAAUUGAUUAA